UCAAAACUCAAACGUGUAAACAAAAGAGAAAUCCAGAGAUCACUAGAUUGAGAAUUGCGAUUAUUUCCUCUUGCUUUCUGUGGUAAUUAUUAAAAUUAAAAGCAUAGUCUGUACCUAAUGUAUACUCUUAUAACAAUAACAGUUACUUUCAUUUAUCCUUAUCAAAAUAUCAGAGUUCUAAAUUAACCAUGAGAAAUUUUAUUUCUGUAGGCUAGUUUGCAACAAUAAUAAAAUAAUUUAUAUUGUUAUAAGGAUUUUCUACAUUUCAAAAGACCCUAUGUUAUAUUUCAUUGAUAUAAUUUCCUAGUAUAGGUACUUACGAUGGGUUACAUUUAAAAAAAAAAAAUCUAUAAAUACCUAAUUAUCCAUGUGGAACUAUUCGGAAAUUAUAGCAGUGGUUCCUUACAAUAGGUGGACUUUAAAAGGACUAUCUACAAUCAUCAUUCCAAGUCCACAGGGAAGGAUUUCAGUCAAGUGAGAAUGGUAAUAGUCCAUUAAAUAUAAAUUUAUAACUAACCAACAUGUCAUGCGCUAAGAAGAUAAAAUUGGAUGAAAAAAUACUACCCAUCUUAGCAGAUGAUUUGCUCGAAGACACUCCUUUAGUAGAAGUUUUUGUCGAUUCCAUAAAAGACCAAAAAACAAUUUCAAAGGUUGUGAAGGAUUUAAAUGCGAGUUGCCCAAUUCCAGAACUAACACACUUGAAAAGAAUUAAGGCUAAAGAAAUUUUGUUACUUAUUAAAAACAAUUUAGAAAAACAACAAGUUCAUGAGUAUUUAAAAUCUAAUGGUUUCAAUGUUAGUUUAUUGUGUAAUCAAAUUAGGAUAGUGUCUGUUGCAAAAAUUGCUCCUAAAACAAAAACGCAACACGCAAAGGUCAACCAGUUAUGGCCAUGUAACUUCCACAGUGACAAAUACAUAGAAAAGUUAUCAACAAAUACAUUGUUUGAUCAUUCUGAAAUUUUGGAGCAUCAAUUGUACAUGAAAGUGGCUAUCGAAGUAGCUAGAUAUAGUAAACAAAAUAAAAUUGCACAUUUCUCUAAAGGUGUAGUUAUAGUAGAUCCAAAAAUAAAAUCCAUAGUAGCUCUUGGCUACUCAGUAACCCACGAGAACCCUUGCAAACACGCUCCUAUGAUCGCAAUAGAUAAUGUUGCUAAAACCCAAAACGGUGGCGCUUGGAACAACUACGAACAACUAACUACAACCAAAUUGAAUUUAUGCGGCAUUCAUCCAAAACUAUAUACACUUUUACAAGAAAAAUUUCCACAAAUAACUUUUGGAGCUUCUCGGUUCAAAGGCAAAUCUAUUAAAGAGCCAAGUGAUGGACCAUAUUUGUGCACUGGUUAUUGUGUAUACUCGACUCACGAACCGUGCAUUAUGUGUGCAAUGGCGUUGGUUCACAGCAGAGUGAAACGUGUUUUUUAUGGAGUGAAAACAAAUAAUGGUGGAUUAGGUACUUUGUGUAAAGUGCACACAGUGAAAGAUUUGAAUCAUCACUAUGAAGUGUUCACGAAAUUGUGCCAAGAUGAGUGUGAAUCAUUGAAGGAUGUAUAAUAAUCAUAGGGCCGGUUUCUCAAUAGCGAGUCACCUCUGGAUUAGUUUUAACUCCAGGGUAAGCGUGCCCAGUUGCUAUGUUUACCUUGAGGUGACCUGCUAUUGAGAAACCGGCCCAUAAUCAAAGGCAAUUGUUUUGAUUUUUCAUAAUGUGUUCUGGUAUGCAGUCAAUUUUGUUUGCAAUAACCCCAUACAUCUCUUAUGGGUUUUUGGUUUUCUGCCAAACUCAAUGAAAUUUGGAUAUGUGGUAUACCUUCCUGAAAAAAAGUUCUCAUAGUCUAUGGCCCAACCCGAUACUAUGAAUAGUUUUCGAGAUACAGGUAGUUUAAUGUCCAACAAAUGUGAAAAAAAUACACAUUUUAUAUGCAUUUACCUUAUGUACUGUCACCUGAGCGUGACGAUACCUACCUGUCCAUCCUGGUAUAUUAUUAGAUGACAGGUAGAGGUAGAUGCAUAUUAUCCCUUCACAAUCCGAUGUCCACACGUACAGGUACAAUUUAUCACUUUUCAAUACUAUUUGAUAGGGAAAGGUGAUAAAUUUACCUGCACCUGUGAACAUCGGAUUGUGAACAGGAUAUUAUAUAAAAUGUGUAUACGGUGGCCCGUUCAUUUUGCCCUAUUUCGGUAUAUGGAAAUCUGGAUAUUUUAUGACAAUAAGUUAAAUACAAAAGUUGUAGGGUUUAAAGCCGGAGUCUCAUGCACACACGGAAGCACACAAAAAAAUAAAAUUGAUGUGUUCGAGAGGAAAGUCAGGAAAGUGUUAAUUUGAGAAUAACAGGCUAGAAGAUUGUUUCCUCUUCAGCCCAUGGCAACUUUGACAGUCAAUAUCUUGAAAACUAAUCAUUCGAUUUUCAAAAAGAGUACACAGUUGUGACAAGAAUCAAAAUACCUUUAAAACAAGAUGCCACUCGAUCCAUCUUCCCUUUCUAAAACAGAGGGGUACCCAGGUGGUGCACCCUAGCGAAAUACUGAUGGGGUCAAAAAGUUUCCCCUUUGAAUAUAAAAUUGGCGUGUCCAAGCGUUUUUGUCAAAUCGACCUUAAAAUACCCCAAAACGCCUCUGUUUUUAUGUUCGUGAAACACCCUGUAUAGUUUGAUAAGGUUAUUAUGCACGGUUUCGGAUUUUGUCAAAAAUAGGUUCAUUCUGAUUCUGUUGUGGUGUAGCAAACUUUGAAAAUUGUCGAUUUCUCAGUCGUUUUUUUCAUUUUUUUAAAAUGGCACACCCUGUAUAUUAGAUGUGGAAUGGAAAGUACUUUAAAACAAAGUUUUUUCGUACAAGACAUUACACAGGGUGUUUGAAAUUAGGUCGGCACCAUUGCUAACUCACUUAUUAUAAGAGUUACAAAAUCGGUUAAAUUGGCAACUACAUAGUAGCAUUUCACCCGCUAAAUAAAAUGGUUAAAACCGAAAAACAAUUGAGCAUCGCUCGAGAUAUUUUCGAAUAUUUACUUUUCUUGAUGGAGCACCCUGUAUAUUUUUCGCUAGUUUUCAUUGCAAAUGUUUUUCUCACCAAAAAGAUUCCUUGCACUACCUAUUGCCGUAAAAUCCGAAAAUGACUGAGUUAUUCCAAAUUUUACGUUUUUUCAAGUUGGCCAUGUAUUGUUAUCUUAAAGAGUACUUUUCAUCCGAGUUUUCAUCCUACUUUUAUGAUACAGGAUGUGCAAUUUUAAAAAGUGAAGAACAACGACAACUUUCAAAGUUUAGCAACACCACAACACAAACUGAAUGAACUUAUUUUUGACAACUUUAAAAUAUUUAUUUUUAACGUUUCUACAAUAAUCUAAAAAGUGGCCUUUCCCCGAAGAUAACCGUAAAUAAAUCCCGAGAUAAAUCCGAAACCAUGCAUAACAACCCUAUCAAACUACAUAAAAUCUGUUUUUUUUUUUAAAGAUAAAAGUCAAAAUGACAUUCUGUUGGCAAUAUAAUGUAAAAUUGUCAAUGCUUUCAAAUUUUUAAUGUAGAAAAGGCUUGUGUUGCCAACAUAGUUACUAAAUUUUUGACUUGGGGAAUUAUCUUUAAAAAAAAAACAUACUUUACAUUUAUAUUUGUCUUUGAAGGCACUAUCAAAAAAUAUGAAAAUAUACAGGAACAGGAUGUUCUAUUAAAAAAAAAAUCUGAUGUGUCAUACUUUUUUGACACCCGCUUACUUUGGUAUUUAACUUUUUGUCAUAGAAUAUCUAGAUUUCCAUAUACCGAGAUAGAACAAAUUAAACGGGCCACCCUGUACAUUUCUUGAAAAUUAAACUACCUUUAUUUCGAAAACUAUUCAUAGUAUCGGGCCUAUGAGAACUUUCUAUCAGUCCACAUAUCAAAAUUCAAUUGAGUUUGGCAGAAAACCAAAAACCCAUAAGAGGUCUGCGGAGUCCCUUGAUAAUUUUUUUAUUAUACAGGGUGUCACAAAAUUAGCUGCGCUGGUUUCAACUUUUAUUUUGAAUGUGCCCGGUAUUCAAAAUUCCUGCAACAAGAUCCCAACAUUGUUUUCAGGGGAAGAAAAUUACUUUUCACUUUUUUUUAUGGGGAUAUCCUAAAAGUAAAGUUUUGUCAUUCUCACUCAACCCAUUGAUAUUGAAGAUUAAAAAGCCCGCAUUAUCAAGAAAACACGCUCUAAUUAACCUUGAAACUGUGAGAAACGUGCCAAAAGAAUUUAUUAGACUGUCAAAACAACACAUAAAAUGCUGAAAAUUAAACAAAAAACCUGAAAAUGUUUGAAAAACUGGUGUUUUCUAUUUGAAAAAUCAAAGUUGAGCGUAGCUGUUUUCGGGAUACCCUGUAGAAUUUAAAAAAAAAUCAAAAAAUUUCAAGCAAAAACACAAAAUUGAAGUAGUAUGUGCCUAAGCGAUUUCUCAAAAAUCCUACCGUUUUCAAAACAAUAUAGGUAUUUAUGCGAACUCACUGUAUAUUUGUUAUCAAAUUUUUCAUGUUUCUAAAUUAUAAAAAAACUUAAAACAUGUGAAGACUUCAAUCCAGAAAAUUAAUAAAUGCUUAAGAAAUAAAUUGUAGACACAACUACCAAAUUAUUCUGUUAAUAAACCAAUAAUGUUUUA